AUGACUGGGCGAGCCAGAGCGAGAGCCAGAGGGCGAGCGCGAGGUCAGGAGACAGUGCAACACGUGGGCACUGCUGCGAGUCAGCAGCCUGGGUUCACUCAGCCGAGACCUCAGCAGCCCCCGGCAGACGGGGAGCUGGUCGCCCGUGGACGACUGAGAGGACCAGUGGGAGCAACAGCCAAGUCACAAGAAGUCCAGAUUUCUGCUGGAUUUCAGGAGUUAUCAUUAUCAGAGAGAGGAGGUCGUCGACGAGAUUUCCAUGACCUCGGUGUGAACACAAGACAAAACCUGGACCAUGUUAAAGAGUCAAAAACAGGCUCUUCGGGUAUUAUAGUGAGGCUGAGCACGAACCACUUCCGGCUGACGUCGCGUCCCCAGUGGGCCUUGUAUCAGUAUCACAUCGACUACAACCCUCUGAUGGAAGCCAGGAGGCUCCGCUCAGCUCUUCUUUUUCAACAUGAAGAUUUGAUCGGGAGGUGUCAUGCUUUUGAUGGAACAAUUUUAUUUUUACCUAAAAGACUACAGCAGAAGGUUAUUUCAGAUGUCGGGAUGGGGAGAGGGAGCCUUGGAAACACUGAUCAAUAUUCACUCCUCUGUUCUGACCUUUCAUUCCCUAGGCUUCUGAAGAUCAUGAAUUUGCAACAAAUUGGACGGAAUUAUUAUAACCCAAGUGACCCAAUUGAUAUUCCGAAUCAUAGGUUGGUGAUCUGGCCGGGCUUCACCACCUCCAUUCUUCAGUACGAGAACAACAUCAUGCUCUGCACCGACGUGAGCCACAAGGUCCUUCGAAGCGAGACUGUGCUGGACUUCAUGUUCAACUUGUACCAUCAAACCGAAGAACACAAGUUUCAAGAACAAGUUUCUAAAGAACUAAUCGGUUUAAUUGUUCUUACCAAGUAUAACAACAAAACAUACCGAGUAGAUGACAUUGACUGGGACCAGAGCCCCAAGAGCACCUUCAAGAAAGCAGACGGCUCGGAGGUCAGCUUCCUGGAGUACUACCGGAAGCAAUAUAACCAAGAAAUCACCGACUUGAAACAGCCAGUGCUGGUGAGCCAGCCCAAGCGGAGGAGGGGCCCUGGGGGCAGCCUGCCAGGCCCAGCCAUGCUCAUCCCGGAGCUCUGCUACCUCACAGGGCUCACUGACAAAAUGCGCAACGACUUCAACGUGAUGAAGGACCUGGCGGUGCACACGAGGCUGACCCCGGAGCAGAGGCAGCGCGAGGUGGGCCGGCUCAUCGACUACAUCCACAAGGACGAUAAUGUUCAGAGGGAACUUCGGGACUGGGGUCUGAGCUUCGACUCCAACUUAUUGUCCUUCUCGGGAAGAAUCUUGCAAGCAGAAAAGAUUCACCAAGGUGGAAGAACAGUAAGGCCCUUUGUAAAGCUGGACCUUGUGGUCCUGUGCCGCCAGCAGCAGAAAUGGAUGUGA